GUCCCAAUGACGUUUGAAAAGGUUUUGGUUUUCUCGCAAUUUAACGUUUUUUGAGGCACUUAUUUGACGAAAAGGCUUUUCUGUUAAGAGUGUGUAUUACAGGAAUUACAUGCAAAAGAUGGCAAAGCAUUUGAUUCUCGUUUCCAUCUUUCUCGAUGACCAAAACAAGCUGAAGAAGGCAGUGAAGGUCAAGAAUGUCAAAGACAUCCAAGAACAAGCCAAGAAGUUGUACCCUGUUGGCAAUGCCACCCUGGACCGCUUCAUGGUCUACUCUAACGACUUUGAGGAGUUUGUCGAUGUGGACAAAGGUCACAAGGUUGUAGCCAAAGAAAAGUAUGAAUUCCAUUACAGAAGUCCACAGAGAGCAAUUAAGUCGGAGAUAACAUCUCCCAACGACAUAUCUCCAACAGUGAUCGGAAGGUUGAGAGCCGAUCCCUCACUCUUCAACAAGCGCACUUGUAUGACCAACCAAGAAGUGAAACUUGCGUCGCAAAUCUUCAAGAAAAAUGUCUCCAAAUACCACAAGGGAGUCAACGAGUGGGCCCACAAGAUUGCUUUGGAACAUCCAGAGCUUCUUCAAGACAAGGGAAAGCUGCUGAAAUUGUCCCGUGAAGCACUGACUCAGAGCGGCUACAAGUACUCAACAAAAAGGGUGGCCAAAACACCGAAAGUAGUCCAUGCAGUUGAGGUGGUCGUGGUGAGAGAGAAUACUUCAAAUGAGCAGUCGCAAAGUGCACAAACUUGCGAUGAGGCUGGUCCAUCUGAGACACAACAGGAUGACCAACCAGGGUCUCAACCACCAGAGCAAAGUUCCAGCGAACAGGUAAAUGACAGGGCGGAUGACUCCUCCCAGGUCGUUGCUAAUUUGGAAGCCCUUGUGGACACCAUGAUCGAAGAUGAGAGGCGUGAGCUGACUUCCGCUUCCUCUCCAACCCAUGAAGCUGUCAACCAGGAGUUUGUAUUGCUUGAACGGGGAACCCUGGUGGAGGACAAUCCCCUGGAAGACUUAAACGAGGCAGGAGUUGAUUUGGCAGAACUGAAAAAGGUCUCCAGGAUAUUCGGUCGGAACGGGAAUAUGAACCUAACAAGCUACCAUACUAAAAUGAACGAGAUGGCAUUCAGGGUUGCUUUGGAGAAGCCCCACCUGUUAGAUAAAAGAGGCGAGCUCUACACUGAAGCUCAGAAGAGGCUGUACUACAGCGGCUACAAGUACACUCGCUGUAACCAAACAAGAAGCAAGUUGUUCCAGCCAGGUGGUUUCAAAAGAGAGAAGCAUCAAACAAAGAAGGUGCGGGAAAACCGCAUGGCAGAAAUUGACAUCACGGUGAAUACUUUGAAGGAACAGGUGGCCCUCAUCACAAGCGAGAAGACGAAGCUUGUGAUAUCGGAAUGGCACGAACGAGCUGAGCAGCUCGACUUGCACAUUGGAGAUCUGCAGGACAAGAUUGUCAGCUUGAUGUCAGAAAAACGCCAGAUCAUUAAGAAAGGGGAGUGGUCAGAGCGGAAGCGGGCUUGGGCAGCAAUGCGCAGAGAGAAGAAGAACAAAAAGCGUCCAGUAUCUUGGAGACCGGUUGAACAGGAAGCGGCUCAGGCCAGCCAGUUGCUUGAGGAGAUGACUGAAUGAGGAGACUUUAACAAAACUUUCUUUAAAUCUUCCCUACUUUCCACCCUUUGAAAGCUCCAAAGAAAUUAAUUAUGUUCAAGGUUUCCUUGGAUUGAUUUCGCAAAGAGCUAAGAUUGAUCUUUACUGUGUAUAAGUCUUCAUUGCUAAGUAAAUUGUGAUGUCACUAUACAAAUUACUAUGGCAAUUAUGACAACUCAUCUUUAAGAAGAUUCUCAGUAUUUUGUGAAAUCGAGGCCUGAUGCCAAAAAUAAGUUUCUUGCUCCACUCCAACCGACAAUAAGUCUUGAAACUGAAAUGUAUCCUUAAUCUUAAAAUUUUGGAAGGCCUGGAUAAAGGUUGCAUAAUUUGAUGGGCUGGUUUUUGCUAAGACUGUAAAUACUAACCUACUUUCCAGUGUUUGUUUAAGGCGUUCAGAUUUACUGUUGAAAAUCAACUGAUUUAACAAAAAUGCCACCUCAACUAUUCUUGGCCACCUCAAAAGUCCUACCUAAAACGCUGUAAAAAAGUUAAAAAAAUUCCCUCAAUUUUUGUAUAAUAUGUAAAUAACGUGGCGUUUAAGCUGAAUGAAACCUAGUUCUGUAAUCUGUGAGUCAUGUGGUUUUUGUAGCAUGUUAUUCCACUAGCAGGGGGAAGCAAGUUGAAGUUAAGUCAGGCAUGGGCUAAUAAUAUUACAGGAACGUUACAGAAUUGGUAAGGAACAAAAUUCGUAAAGAUCGCGGAUUUACUUAAAACUUACACGGUCUAAUGAUGAUGACAGUAGAAAACAUCCCUUGAAAAAUUUCUGUCUGAAAUGUCAUAGUU